AUGGGGGGAGGAGGCCAAGAACGAUUAUAUACGGGAGAAAUAGUAUUCAUGGUGAAUAUGGAUUUAUCAUGCAACAAUCUUACCGGAAAUAUUCCUGAAGAAAUUGGUACUCUUAUUGCAUUGACGAGCUUGAACUUGUCAUCGAAUGCCUUCAGCGGAGAAAUUCCUGAAACGAUUGGAGCCCUAGUGCAAGUGGAGUCUCUGGACCUCUCACAUAAUGAGCUAUCAGGUGAAAUCCCUACAAGCUUGUCAGCUCUUAGAUCUUUGAGCCAUUUGAACCUGUCAUAUAACAAUCUAACAGGAAAGAUACCAUCUGGGAAUCAACUACAAGUGCUCGAUGACCUGGCCACCGUCUAUAUUGGCAACCCUGGUCUUUGCGGUGAUCCUCUCUCCAAGAAAUGUCCAGAAGAUGGUUUACCGGAUGAUACUUUAAAAGACCACCAACAUAGAAGCGAUGAUGUUUUCCUUUUUGUCGCCAUAGGUUCUGGAUUCGUGAUGGGUAUCAUGGCAGUCUUCUACGUAUUCUUGUUCAAGACAAACUGGAGAGUUCUUUGCUUCGCGUUCUACGACGGAUUGUAUGAUGAAAUUUAUGUGCAAGUGUGCCGGCCGUCGCCGGAGCCGAGCUCGCGCCCCGUCGUCUCUCCGUCCGACCAGCUGAGCUCGCGCGUGCAUGCCGAGGGCGCGCUGGCCGCCACUGCAAGGCGGUCCCUCGCCGGCCGGAGCCAAGCCCGCUGCCCUGCGCUUGCCUUCCUGCCAGCCAGCCACGCCUAA